AUGCAGGCUCAUGACGAAGGGAAGUUUGAGAUGAUGGAAAACAGCAAGCAUGGUGAUGCCGAGGCAAUCUCUGUUGAUCCUGUGCUGGAGGAGAUUGAUCCAGAGGUGGAGAGGCGUGUACGACGCAAAUUGGACGUGCAUCUGGUCCCAUUGGUGGGGGUGUUAUAUCUGCUUGCAUUUCUCGACCGAUCAAACAUAGGAAAUGCGCGCAUCGCUGGUAUGGAAGAAGAUCUCGAGUUGAGCAGUUCGCAAUAUACUUGGUUGCUUACCAUAUUCUACAUCUCUUACAUCGUCUUCGGUUUCCUGGCGAUCAUGUGGAAGGUUGUGCCUCCGCAUAUCUGGGCAGCUUUCUGUGUCUUGGGUUGGGGAACUGUUUCUAGUUGCCAGGCCGCCGCGCAUUCGUGGGGUGCCAUGAUGGUGCUACGUUUCCUGAUGGGUGUGACCGAAAUCGCCUAUGCCCCCGGAAUACCGUUCUUGCUCUCCUUCUUCUACCUGAGGCACGAGCUAGGUUUACGCGCAGGCCUCUACCUCUCGGCCGCCCCUUUGGCCAACACGUUUGCUGGUGCUUUGGCAUACGGUAUUACCAAGGGUGAUACAGGCAUGGCUAAGUGGAGGGUCCUAUUUCUGGUGGAGGGCCUGCCUACCGUAGCCAUGGCGGCGGUUACAUUCUUCUUUCUGCCUGACAGUCCGGACAAGGCGCGAUUUUUGACAGAAGAAGAGAAGGUCGUUGUCAGAGCUCGGAUUGUAAAGCAGGUUGGAGGAACAGAGUCAAGAUUAGGAUCUGUCAACUUGAAGGAAAUAGGGGAAGGUUUGAUGGAUCUGAAAGGCUGGAUCCUUGGAAUCAUGUACUUCUCCGGCAACGUCGCGUUCUCUUCACUCCCAGUGUUUUUGCCGACGAUCCUGAAGGAGAUGGGCUUCACGCGCGUCAACGCCCAGGGUCUAACCGCUCCACCGUUCUUCCUGUCGUUCCUCACAGUCAUUGCGACAUGCUACAUUGCGGAUCGAACCCAACAGCGGGGUAUAGUGAUUGCUAUAUUGUCAGCCAUUGGCGGUGCUGGCUACGUGAUCCUGGCCACGACGAAAAAUGUGGCCGGGCGUUACUUUGCGAUAUUCCUUGCCGCAGCUGGCAUUUUCCCGGCUAUUGGUAAUGUCCUACCUUGGGUCACCAACAACCAAGGUUCAGACACGCGCAGAGGUACCGGCAUCGUCUUGUUGAACCUCAUUGGACAGUGUGGACCACUGCUAGGCACGCGACUGUACCCGAAGCAUGAAGGGCCUUUCUACGUCAAGGGCCAGUCGGUGUGCGCGGGCUUCAUGUUUUUGUUCUGCGCGUUGUCACUGAUACUCCGAACGCUGUUGGUAUGGGAAAACAAGAAGCUGGAUGAGAAGUAUGGCACGGUAGCCGAACAACGACUAGCGAUGGAGGAGGCCGAGGCACGGGGCGAGGGCAAAGCUGUUGCAGUCGGUGUCGAGAACUACGGCCCACUGUUCCGAUAUGUGCUGUAG